CAGGGGGGGAAAAACGCGGAGGAAACUCUAAAACCCUAGUAGGCGGCAAUACGGUUAUAAAAGCCCCCGACUUCCAUUUCCUGGUUUGCGCUUGCUGUUUCAGCUCCCUUUCACUCCCUCAACCCUUCGAGCUAGUGCUUCCUUCGCUGUUACUGCUAAUGGAGUUCUGGGGUGUUGAGGUUAAGACUGGGGAGCCUGUUAAAGUUGAUCCUCAAGAUUUUGAUGCCUACAUACAUCUUUCUCAGGCUGCUCUCGGUGAGACGAAGAAGGACAAGGGAGCUGAACCUGUGGUUCUUUACUUAAAAUUUGAUGACCAGAAAUUUGUUUUGGGAACCCUUUCAAGGGAUAAUUUCCCCCAGAUAUCGUUUGACUUAGUUCUGGAAAAGGAGUUUGAGCUCUCCCACAAUUCAAAAAAUGGGAGCGUCUUUUUCUGUGGAUAUAAAGCUGAGCUUCCUGAUGAAGGGGGUGAUGACUUUGACGACUUAUCUGACAGUGAAGAGGAUGUGGAUGUCCCAGUGAUAACAAAAGACAAUGGAAAACCUGAUACUAAGGUUGCUGCAUUGAAAAGAAAUGAUGCAGUUAAUGAUGUCAAAAAGCAAGGCAAGGUUGAUCCAAAGAAGGAUGAAGAUGAUGAUGAUUCUGAAGAUAAUGAGGAUGAUGAAUCUGAUGAUGAAGGAGGUUCUGAUGAGGAUAUGAUGGAUGCUGAUAGCGAUAGUGAUGAUGAGAGCGAGGAUGAUGGAGAUGAUGAGGAGACUCCCAAGAAGAAGGUGGAUCUGAGCAAGAAGAGACCCAAUAAUUCUGCAUCCAAAACUCCAGUUUCUGCCAAGAAAGCUAAAUCUGGUACUCCUGAAAAGAGUGAUGCUAAAAAAGGUGGUCAUACCGCAACUCCUCACCCAAUGAAGAAGGGGGGAAAAACUCCUAACAGUGAAGCCAAGGAGCCCAAGUCUGGCGGGCAAUUGUCCUGCAAAUCUUGCAACAAGUCUUUCAACUCUGAAAGUGGUCUGCAACAGCAUAACAAGGCCAAGCAUGGUGGUCAGUGACAGCGAGUACCAACUGUUUCAUGUAUUUUUUUUUCCCCUUUUCCAGAUGCAUUAUCAUGAACAUCCUAAAGACGUUAUUCCGAAUUUUGGCAUUGUAAAGUCAACCUUUCAGGGAGUUUAGUUUGAUUGGUGGGAGCCACUUAGACCAGCUUGAAAGUUUUGUCUGGCGUUGCUGAGAGUGCUUCAGAGUCUUGAGUUAUAGCUUGUUUUACGAGUUAAUAUUGUCAUACCAUUUAUUAAGUUCAAUGUAGUUGGUUUCCAAAUUUGAGCUUGAUAUUUGUGUCUUUCUUCAGUCGGCGUUUAUAACAAGAGGUUGGGGGCAAAUUUUUUGGCUUGA